UAUGGAAGUGUCAGAAUCGAAAUUGACAAAAUCGAAAUAAUUUGUCAUGCAUAAAAUGGCUUCCAGUUCGAACCCAGUUUCUAACUGGCGCAUGACAAAUUCUGGUGGUGCCUAAAUCCAGUCUGUAAUGCUGUUUAAGCAAAGAAGGGCGAUUCUCUCAUGCUACUGUAGCAGCUCGAGAUACAACCCCAAGCAGGCUUAUAAUCGGUCUCACUUGCCUGCUCUGCAACACACGCAUUCCGCGUCAUGCAUUUUAUGCAUCACAAAUUUGUCGAGCUUGUCAAUUUCGAUCCUGACAGUUCCAUACCUCCAGAAACCCGUCCGAAAACGUGGUCCCCGGAGAGGAGUUAUCAAAUGCAAAAAUGUCUGGGUCUGGAAGAAUGCAACUUGUGAUGCUGCAUUUGGAUUCCAGAAAAAUCUGUAUUGCAUGAGUACCAAAAGGAAUGCAAUUUUUGCUACGCGGAGAGGGCAUUUGUCAUGCGGAAUAGGCAUCAAGAAGCUCUCAAAAAAUCUGUGAUGCUAGGGCAUGCAUCACAGACAUCAGGGCUCGUGCAAAACGUGCAUGACAAGUGUCAGAACCUUCCAGACCCAGACAUUUUUACAGUUGAUAGGAGUGAAGUUAGUACACGCAGCUGCGAAGUAGUAGCUGAUACAUAUAUUAGGUGUCGUUUGAUGACGGCACAGACAAUUAUGUCGUUUCUUGAUGUUCAUCCUUUAAGCGAAGAAAACAAACAGUUUGUAUUCUAAUGGCGUACAAUUAUAAACACUUUUCAAUUAUUUGGUUAGGAAUGAGUGUGAAUCACGAUUACUCAGACAGAACAGAGAUAGCGAUAGCGAAAACAUUGCUGGCUCAGGAUUUGGAAAAGUUGCACUUUGAAAAGAAGAUGUUGCGCAGACAUCUUCCGGGGAUAGGUACGAUAAGAUGAGCAAGAAGAUCAAACAAUGGAAACAGUCUGCUGCUGUGUUUCAACAGAAUGCGCCCCUCUCUCAAAAAAAGAAAUUCGAUCGCGCCUGUCUCUCC